AGCACAGGUGUAUAAAUGCCGCGCAGGUGAGAGGUAGACGCCACAGCAGGACCAGGAGACUGAGUCUGAACACAGGAACAAGAGAAACCUGAAUACAGCUCGAGAAGAUGGUUAGAGGAUUACUGUCAGUACUCUUGGUCCUGGUGGCCGUGACUUGUGCCCUGGGGAAGCCUGAUAAGAACCCAAGCGCCAGCAAGACUGAGAAGAAGGAGAAAAGAGUUCCUCAGACUCUCUCCAGAGGAUGGGGUGAUCAGCUGAUCUGGGCUCAGACCUAUGAGGAGGCACUCUUCUGGGCACGCUCAAAGAACAAGCCUCUCAUGGUCAUUUUCCACCUGGAGAACUGCCCCCACAGCCAGGCUCUGAAGAAGGCCUUUGCUGAGGACAAGAAAAUCCAGAAGCUAGCUGAUGACGACUUCAUUCUCCUGAACUUGGUGUAUGAAACCACUGACAAACACCUUUCACCUGAUGGCCAGUAUGUUCCCAGAAUCAUCUUUGUUGAUCCCUCCAUGACCGUUCGUGCCGACAUCACUGGCCGCUACUCCAACCGCAUGUAUGCCUAUGAGCCAAGUGACAUCGAACUCUUGUUGAGCAACAUGAUGAGAGCCACAAAGUUCUUGAAAACAGAGCUGUGAGGUGUGACUCAAGACUGGAUGUUCUCCUCGCUGAGAGUUUGUCUGUUAUUCUGUUUACUGAUGUACAGAAACGCACUGUAAAUCUCUGAUCUCACUUUGACCAUGUUCUGUUUGAAACUCUGUUACUGUCGACCUUUAAACACUAGCUUUCUUAUAAUAUACUUUUUGAAUAAAUUAAAGAAACUGCUCUGAA